AAAUGGCGGAAGAAAACGAAAGUAAAGAUGAGACGUCAAGUGAAGCGACCAAGAAGGCUGCAGCCCCAGCGUCAGAUAAAAUAGCUGUGGUGCUCCGGAAUGUGGGAAACGCCCCUAUACUCCAGAAACAGAAGUACAACGUGGACAAAAAUAAGACGGUUAAGUGGAUGUCUAAUUGGAUCAAAGGAAAACUCAAACUUAAGGAUGACGAACAAGUGAUCCUGUACAUCGCCCAACACUUCGCGCCCCCUCUAGAUCAGCACGUGGGCAACUUGUUCGACUGUUUUGGGACUAAUGACAAAUUGGUAGUGCAAUAUGCCACUCAGCCUGCUUGGGGAUAAAUCAGUUAAUUUAUAAUUAUAAUUGGUUAAUAAGCGAAAAAGCUGAUCAAUCUAUCAUUGAAUAACACGUUAUGUGUGUGUUAUGUGGGGAUAUUAUUAUCUUUCUCAGUUUCAGAUUCACCCUCUCCACGUGUAAAAGAUAACAUUUUUACAGGAGUUGAAACUUUUUUAUCAAUAAUUAUUUGUUUCCAAAAACACUCCAAUGCAUUACAGAGGUAACAUAUAAGUACAGUGGGUGUAGAUUCGCUCUAUUGACCGCUCUAUUGAACAGUGCAAUUUUCCGCACCAUCGGCCGAUAUAAUUGAGAAAAACAUAAGAUGAAGCAUUUUGGCAAAUGAACAACUCCUGCUGGAUCGCAAUCCCUCAACACAUUGAAAUUUAGUCACAUUAGCCUAAAUUAGAUGUAUAAUCAUGAAUCAUAGUUAUAUAAUAGGUAAAGUUAGAUACUAUUAUAGCUUGCAGGCUCCAGGCAUUUUAGAUUACGGUUAUACAUACAGUGUUUGAAUCUGAUGUUGUAGAGUAACAAUAUUGAAUACUCUGCAACAAUUAUGCUCAUGGCCACCUCAACAAGCCAGUGUAAUAACUAAUACAUUAAUCUUGUAAGCUAUUUGUUAUGUUAAACUCGACAAUCGUGUAACCUUUAUAUACUACGCUGUUGAAUAAUCUAACCUUGGAGUACCUAAAGGCUGAAAUUUUGCAAAUUGUCGAACAGCUUAAUUGCAGUGUUUUCCCUUCCAAC